GAGCUCAGCUGCAAGCAGUGCAUCUGAAUAACUGGAAGGGGUGGAGCCAGCAUCCAGCCCUUUCCAGAUCUCAUUUAGGUAUUGGCAGUGGAGGUGAGGAUGUCUCUUGCUGGAGAUCCCUGCCAACCUGUGGCCUGCCUAGGUUUCUUUUCUGAUGUGUUAUUGCCGGCUUUCCCUAUACAUACAGACUGAUGACUGCUAUUGGCUGCAGAACACAGGCAACCAAAGAGAAUACAGAAACAGCUUAGGAAAAGGUGAUCUAAAUCCAUCUUCAGUAAUAAAGCACAUGUGAAUGAAGACUCCCACGUGCUAGUUGAAACAAUGACUUCAAAAUCAACAGUUCACAUCAUAGUGUGCUUUCUUCAGCUCUGCAUUGUGAAGGGGCAGACCAUAUGUGAGAGGCAAAUAAUUGCUGAAUGGCGAGUGGAACCAGCACACGUUGUAAUGGAGUGGACACUAAGGAAAAAUAUAUGCACAGACUUUUACUCAGAAUGCUGGAAUGUGAAUAAAAACUCUACUAGGGAAGACAAAUAUCUCAGUGUCCCUCAGAUAUGCCCUGUACAGCUUCAAUUGGGCGAUAGUCUCUUCAUCUCUUCUGAUCCAUCAUUUCAGUCCUAUGGUAUGAAUUUGGUAAAUGUCUCCAAGGAAGACUUUAUUAUUUGCCCCAAAAGUGGCUUUCUUCAAGAACAGCAGAUUUUUGUUUGCCAGAUAAGAGGACUGCACCAAGUUGACCCUACCUGGCUUAGUGUUGGAACUCAUUACUUUGUAGAACUACAUAAGAGAGGCCCACAUCUGUGCAACAUGGGCCUUCGUCUGAACAUAACUGUGAAGCAGCAGGUUUGUCAAGAGACUCCAAAUUCACCAUUGUGCUCUAAGCACGGAAGAUGUUUAAGCCAUGUUUGGGAAAAACAGUAUAGUUGCCAUUGUUUCUCAGAGUACUCUGGAAAAUUCUGCCAGAAGUUUAAUGUGUGCUCCAUUAAACCUUGCCAUAACAAUGCCUCUUGUACCGAGAAAUCAGAAGGCACCAGACAUUCAUAUGAGUGCACUUGUCCUCCAGAGUUUUCAGGUAAAAAUUGUACAGAAAUCGUUGGACAAUGCCAACCACAUACAUGUUUCAAUGGUAACUGCAGCAAUGUAACUCCAAACACCUUUCUUUGUGAAUGUGACAAGGGCUUUACAGUGAUUGAACUCAUGCACAGAAAACAUGAACAUAAAAUGAUGCUUAAGAUCUUAUAAACCUUAACAAGCAAAAUACUACUGGCAGUAACGGCAUGAUCUGAAAGAAAAUGCAAAAUUUCUUGUCAGUGAAAAUUGAAGUACGUAAAUGUACGUGUUCUUGAAAGUGAGAUUCAAUCGUAGAUUGAUCAGAAAGGAGGACAGUGUUUUGUUGUUCUGUGCUUGUUUUAUAUCACUUUUGGUAGUUUUUCGUGUGGAUGUUGUUAAAAUCAGUGCCUUCUGUUUGGACCAUCUUGGUAGCUGGCCAAAUUAAUGUCUUCUGUGUACAUGUGCAUCCAUCACUGGUAUACCUGUUCAUCUUUGCCACUGGUUGAACGUGCAAAUGGGAAAGUAGCAGCUUUCAUGGGAUACUAGCAUUCUGACAGAUUUUGUGAUCCUUAUCUGAAGAUGCACUGAAAAUUAAUGUGUCUAAUUCACAAGCUGAAGGAAAUACCAGUAUCUUAGCUAUUUGUAAUGGUAACGCUUAGGAUGUUUACUGUGAACAGUGGUGGAUUGAGAGCAGUAUUUUUCCACUUGAAUAUAUUUUGUUAAAUCCAGGAAACUUUUUACUCUUUAGGUGGGAA